GAUGUCACUGUCAGCUAUCCGGGCUGCGUAAUUGGCUGGCACCUCUGCAGACUAUCGCAGUUGAUCACGGUGGUCUGAGAGGUACCUCCGAGUCGGAAUAUGUCCCUGAGGGUGGAUCCUGUUGACGAAAGAGGCGCGUGCCGACUACUGGCCGAGCGUUCUGAGGAUGUGUUUGAUUCUAGCUUCAGCUUCAGCGCUCCAGUGCUCUCCGGAGCACGUAGUCAAGUUCAGCUCACCAUGUCGGACGAUCUCAGCAUCGCCUCACUGUUCGAUGUGAAAGGCAAAGUCGCGGUGGUGACGGGCGGCGGGUCCGGCAUAGGCUCGAUGAUCGCCGCGGCGUACGUGCAGAACGGGGCGAAGGUGUACAUCGCGGCGAGGAAGGAGAAACAGCUCAAGGACGUUUGCGACAUGUUGAACGCGAAGGGCCCGGGGAGCUGUCACUACUUCGUUGCUGACCUCAUGACCAAGGCAGGGUGCGAUAAGCUUGCCGCCUCUGUUAUGGAGCGGGAGAGCAAGGUCCACAUCCUCGUCAACAACUCGGGUAUGACCUGGGGCGCCAGAUAUGAUGAGUGAGUAGCACGGAUGGCGAUUCUGCUCUGCCAUCAGCCAUCACAGGCAUUGAUUGGUGUCUUCAGCUUUCCGGAAGCCGGUUGGGAUCGCGUCCUUGCGCUCAAUGUGAAGAGCAUAUUCUACUGUAUGUACACUUUGCUCCUCAUCCUACCUCUUCUCUACGUCAUUCAC